CAAGCGAUAUAUACUUUGUUGUAGUCAGCUGUAGAGAACUGUCAUCGAAUAAAUGGAUGGAAAAAUUUCUUCUCAUUCCUCGACCUACCGUCGCGCCAACUUAAAAAUCGCACCCGGUGCAGUAGUAUGCGAGGAAAGUAUUUUGAAGGGCGAUAUCACUAUUGGUGCGAAAACUAUAAUUCAUCCCAGAGCAUGUAUUCUAGCGGAAGCUGGCCCAAUUAUCAUAGGAGAAGGCAACAUAAUCGAAGAAAUGGCAACUAUAGCAAACAGAUUGCCACCUGAUACUCAGGAACCUGCAACGAUACCAGUUCAAAUAAUAGGAAACUAUAACGUCUUCGAGACUGAUUGUACUUGUGAGUCAUUUAAAGUUGGCGAUAAUAACAUCUUGGAGGCAAAAGCAAACAUUGGUCGUGAAAUCGAAUUAACUAACGGAUGCGUUAUUGGAGCUGCAUGCUCUUUGACGGAACGAGAAAUUGUAUCAGAGAAUACGAUAGUAUUCGGGGGUCAGUGUCAACGUAGAGAAAUGAAUGAUAAACCAUAUCCUCAAAUUGGACAGUUGGAUUUUCUAUUGAAAGUGCUCCCGAACUAUCAUCAUUUUCGUAAGUCAAAUAUAAAACCGAAAACACCUUCUAUAAAUAAUACAUAAUAUUUUUUCUUUAUAAUAAACCAAGAAAAAUGUGUAUAAUGUCUGCUAUAUUCGCAAUUAUUCAGCAAUAAGAUAUGUAUUUUUGUUUCUAAAUGCUAUAUAUAUCAAUUUUUGUAACAAUUAUUUAUUGUGCAUUUUGUAGUAAUUGUUUGCUAUUGUCAACGUGAAAUGAUAAUAUUUUUAGA